AUGUCGUGUCUAUCACCCCCGACGGACGCUACCGCGAUAACCUCACGACCCAAACUCACCCUUCAAACCACCGCUCUUCCUCGCACAUUUGGCAGCUCAACCACCGGCCUAUCUUUCUCCUUCGCAGCGGCACCCACCUCGUCUCCCACAGUCCGCAACACCUUCAAGAAUGCCUAUGAUGUCGCAUCCCCAGCCUCCGCGACCAGCUCCCCAGUGAAAUCCUCCCGGUUCAACAUCCCCAAACCAACCUCACCCUACGUCACACACCCCAAUAAUAAUGCCUUCAACUACCGCAACCCCUACCAACUCCCUCUUGGCGUCCGCAGCAUCUUACGCAACUCCCCACUCGACUCAGCCUCAAGGCGCCGAGGCUCCAUUUCAGCGGGCGGGAAUGGACACAACGCAGGCACGCGCCGAGUCUUCUUCCCAGCAAAGAAACAAGUGAGCUACCGAUGCCCACUGGAGGAAGAAAUCUACACCGAACGAUACACGGCCCAGCAUCUAGAUCUCCUACGGGCGGAGGCAGUGCAAAGCAAGGCAGACCAGACCCCACCUGAAACCGGGCCCGGCCCCAAUCUCGAACGGGAGGACGAAAAAACCAGCGACUCGGACUCUAGCGCCUCAUUAUCAGAGAGCGCCUCGGGCGAUGACACUAGCGCUGAUGAAGGCACGCGCGAUCAUAAUACCUCGCUCACGAAAGAGGAGCGCAAGAAACGCCGCACUCUUCGUGUAGAGCGCCAGGUUCGGGCGGUGGCUUUGCUAGAUGGGUUUGAGGCGGAUCCGUAUGCCUCGUCUACGCCUCAGACACCUCGUCAAGGUCGUUCAAAGCGCCGCCGGGAGUGGAAGUGGACUUUGGGUCCGGUGGAGAGUAACUCCAAUGGGGGCGAUAAUUCUGUGCAAUCUCUAUCGCCCCCGUCGGAGUUGGGGCUCUCUGAGACAUCCGCUAACUCCGGAAGUCAUCAAUAA